UGUUGGUAGUUCGUAUAAUAGUUGUUUUCGUUCCAUUAUAAACACAUUUUUGAUGAUAAUAAAUGCCUAGAUAGAAAUGAAAUAAAUGCAAAUAUUGAAUCAAUUCUAUGAAAAUGUAUAAUUUUUUUAGUGUAAAAUUUCUGUUUUCUGCUCCAUUUUCAAUUCAAUCAAUAUUUAAUUAAUAGCGUUGUGUAUAAUUUAAAUGUAUAUAAUUUUAAUAGAAAAUGAUUGGAAGUACUUGUGUAGUAUGCUUAAAGCACACACGCCUGGCAGAGUCAUUAUUUCAACAUAAUGAAGAUUUAACAUAUGCAGACAUGAUUGCAUUUGUAGCUAAUAUUGAGAUAGUUGAAUCAAAAUCAGACAAGGCUAUGAUUUGUUUGAUCUGCCAACGUAAACUCAAGGAAUUGUAUGACUUUAAAGUAUUAAUACGAAGUUACAGAUGUACCAGAAUCUAUAAUUGAAAAAUAUGAGCAUGAUGAUGUUGAUGAUGAAGAUGACAAUGAUGAAAUAGUAAGUUAAGAAAAGUGCAAAUUCAUAAUUGUAUAUAUCAAUUGUUUUCAGAUUGGAUGAACUUACAAGAGUUAUGAUGACAUAGAAAUUAAGUAUUUUCCUAAAAAUUUAAUCUAUUUGUGUCACAUUUAUAAAUAAGUUUUCUGAGUAAUUCCAAAAUAGAUAAUAUGAGUGAUUUGGAAAAAGAAAUUAAAGAAAAAAUAUAAAACCAAUCAUGAGGCAGAAUUCGAAAUACCAAAUUAUAUAGUAUUCUGAUGCUGGGCUCUACUAUUGUUGGCUGGGCAACCUCAUUUGUGGUUCUAUGUUUUAAUUGAACCAACUGUUUUUUAUGUUAAUCAGCAAAGGAACUGGUGGGUUGUCUAAUUGUAAGCUACCACUGCUCACAAACACAUUGGCUAUCACAGAUACAUUCUCAUACUACUAUUUCACGCCGAACUUCUCGGUGUUUGUGGUACCUCCCCCCUGCAAUCUCGCCCAAUUCGUACAUAAGCGUAUUUAUUUCGUGCUGUUGUUCCAUAUGAAAAUCUUUCGUAUAGAAUAAGAUAAAUAAAAUAGCAUGAGAUAAAUAUUUAACUCAGCGUUAUAAAAAUACAUAAAAUUUUCCAUGAAAUUGAAAUUUAUUCGAAUAUCAAUACAUUAUGACAUUUCAGUCAGAUUUUUACAAUUUGGAUGAUUCUUAUCCAGAGUACCAGAAGGAUCACAAUAACAAGAAUAUAGAUAAUAAUAAAACCAGCAAAAAAUCCAGAUGCCUAAGAGUGUGUAUUAAACCAGUCUAUUUACGCGAUAUAACAACGAAACCUAUAAAAUCAAAACGAUCGCCAAAAUACGACCGCUCGCGCCGUGCAACGAAAAUAAUAUGCGCGCAUUGUGGGAUAUUGACAAAAUAUAUAUGUUCACACAUGCUUAUUCAUACAGGUGUCAAAAAAUUUAAAUGUGAAAACGAAAAAUGUAAUAAAAGAUUCUUUACUCGAGGACAUUUGAAUGCACACAUCAAGAUUCAUUUUCCAAAUCCAGAUGCUGCAUAUAAAUGUGACCACUGUACUGCGGUUUUUACACAACAGACACGACUAGUCAGUCACAUGUCAACACACACAGACAACAGGCCACAUAUUUGCGAUAUUUGUCAAAGGAAUUUUAAACGGCCAAGUACGCUUACACGACACAAACUUAUACACACAAUCCCGAUGUGUAAGUGUGAAGUGUGUGGAAUUGGGUUCAGAACGAAGUCAGCGCUGAGGCACCACCAGCGUGUACACACGGGAGAACGUCCAUUCAAUUGUAAAAUAUGUUCACAGCCUUACAGUUACAAACGUGACUUUAACAUGCACUGUUUAAAAAAACACGGAGUAUUUCUGAAGCAUAGGGACAUAUAUGUUAUGGAUGAGGAAACUAUGCAACGUGAAAGAGCUUUAAUGAAGGACUUGUUAUUUAAAGUGGAAAGUGGAUUGAAAAUCAAUGAAAUAACAAAUCCCUUUAAAGGUCCGCACGCGGCAAUCGCUUUUGAAAUGGCAAUGAAGUUUUUAAAAGAAAAUAAAAUGCCUAUUGAUUAUUUCUGAAAAUUAUUAUGUAGU